AUGUCAUAUGCGCGUGAGUCGGCGCCCGCAUCUGACACAUCGGUGCCCACGUCGGACGUGAACAUGACGGACGCGCCUCCGGCCGAGCUGACAUCGGUCGAGGAGCCCACGCUGGAAGCGCCUGUUCUAGCGCCCGUGUCUGUGCAGUCCGCACCUGCAUCCGGACAGUCCGACUAUGGUACUCGGUUUGCAUCUAAACAGUCUGCGUUCACGUCGGAAACAUCCAAGUUUAAGCUUGCAUCUAGAGAGCUUGUGGAAAAGUCUGAAGCGCCUCCACAACUGGCCCAUGAGACUGCCGAGAACAACGAAGAGCCCAUCCCAACUAAUAAAGAACCUGGAACCAGCAACGAGGAGAACACGCUUGAUAACGAUGUGGCAGAGUUUAUUAAAAAGGCAUCUCGUUACGUUCGCAACGCCCAGGACAAGAAGCUUGACCAUGAUGCUCACACACGCAACAACAAGCGGUUGGACGCUUUGUUUCUCUAUGCGGUCAAGGACCUCCGCAAGCGCACCUUUGCCGCCAUCUGGAACAUGGUGUCUGACUGUAACGCGGCCAUCCGCUGCUUCAACAAGAUCGGCCGCAAGCAGAUCCAGCGCCAGAUCUUGCGCGAGGCCGUCGUCGACUACACCAAGGCAGGUCGGGGCAAGGGCAAGCAGCACUAUCGCUUGUCUGGCACGCAGCGCAACUUCGCUGUACUUCCGGAUGGCCACUACUGCCCCCACAACGACUGUCGCAAGAACGACAUCGCGUACAAGACCGAAGCCAGCCUCAAGCGCCACUGUCGCGACGUGCACCAUUGGCCACAGUGA